GUAAAAUUGAAAAAUAUAAACCGUAUAAAUAUAUCAUUUAUUUUAACAUUAUGUCCUAAAAUCCAAAAAUGUAAUUUUGUAUCUGCUCAAAUAUUUAAUAUAACGAUUUUCAAAAAAAAAAAAAUACUAUUUUGAAAAAAUUAAAUAAGACGAAGUCUUUUACACUGUUAAAUGUGAAUAAUGAAUAAUGUAUCAGCAUAUUUUAAACCCUAUUUCUUAGGUUGUUGAUUACCUAACAAUUGUUUCCUUGGGAAUAAUCAUUUUGAUUAUAAAUCUAACUCAAUUGAGUAACGCUCGUUGAAUGAUUUGAUCAUGUCUACUAGACUUAAACCAUUUGUUAGUAUUCCUGAACCAUUUGAAUGGCCUUUAAUUGGCCAUACUUACUUAUUUCUUCCAAUAAUUGUAGUGAACGAUUAACUGAAGCAAUUGGUAACUUAGAAUGCAAAUUAGGACCUGUAUUUAAAUUAAAAUUGGGUGGCCGAACAAUGGUAAUCACCACAAGAGCAGAAGAUACAAAGAUAAUGUUUUCCAAUGAGGGGAAGAAUCCAGUCAGACCUGGAUUUCCAGCUUUAAACAUAUUGAGAAAGAAACUAUUCAAUUCUGGAGGAUUAAUAUCUGAAAAUGGACCUGAAUGGUAUAGGUUACGAAAACCCAUAGCUGCACUGCAAAAAAAAAGUAUUUAUACUAGUUUUAUACCUCAACAUCAAGAAGUUGCAAUUGAUUUUAUUGACUACAUUAAAAAAAAUAGGGGAAAAGACAAUAUUUUAGAAAAUGUAUUGUAUCAUAUGAUGAAAUUCUCCAUUGAUGCAAUCUCUGUUGUGUCUCCUGGCUUUAGAGUUAAGUGUACAAAUACUUUGCAGUCAGACAUUUUUGUAAGGGCUGGUAUUGAUUUUAUGGACGGAUUAUAUCUUAGCCUAAUGGAUUUACCAAUCUGGAAUAUUUAUAAAACAUAUGCUUAUAAAAAACUAGAAUAUUCUCAUUCAGUUGUACACAAUUUUAUUAAUGAAUGUUACAUUCAGUCGUAUGAAAGUAUUCUUAUUGACUCAUUGUGUAAAAAUACAAAUUUAUCAAAGAAAGAUAUUAGUCUGCUUUUGCUAGAGAUAUUUUUUGGUGGAAUUGAUGCAGUAGCAACAACUUUAACAAUGACAUUGAACUAUAUAUCUCAAAAUCCUAACAUACAGCAGGCAUGUCAAGAUGACAUAAAAAAUGGAAAUAUGUUAUUUUUGAAAGCUUGUAUCAAAGAAACACUAAGAAUGUCUCCUACUGGCGGAGCGAAUUCACGUAUCAUACCAAAUCAAAUAAAUAUUGGGAAUUAUGAAAUCCCAUCAAAUACAUUAGUGAUGACUUUUAAUUCAUUGACAUCGAUUAGUCAAAAAUAUUUUGAUAAUCCAUUAGAAUAUAGACCACAAAGAUGGAUAAGAACACCAGAAAUGAGUAAACUUCACCCAUUUGCUUCAUUGCCAUUUGGUCAUGGGCCCAGAAUGUGUCCUGGGUAUAAUAUAGCAAUGCAAGAAAUGACUAUAUUAUUAUAUGAAAUUUUCAAAAAUUUCAACAUAUAUACCAAGAAUAGUGAAAAGAUUAACAUGAUUUAUCGCAUGAACAGAAUACCAGACAGAAAAAUAGACAUAAUUUUCAAUGACAAAUAACUAUUUUUUUUUAUGUAUACCAUUUUAUUUUGUUUUUAUUUUUUUCUAAACAAUUUUUUUAAUUUUAGUGAAAUAAAUAUUUAUCACUAAUAAUUAAGUAUGUGCUACAAUAUAAAGUAAAUAUCUUAUUUACAAAAUAUACAAUAAUUACAUUCUUUAUACCUAAAAAAAAUGUAUACACUUUCAAUAUAUAGUCAGAAAAUAAAAAUUUUCCUUUACAUGUUAUUUAUACAUUAGAAUUUACAAAACACAAGUAACACUAAGGUAAUAUUUAAGAAUACAAUAUUUACUGG